UCAGUCCACACACACACACACACACACACACACACACACACACACACUCCGAAGCCAGAAACUUAAGCAUUUCCGGAGAAGAAGAGAGGAGGUCCCCUGGGACUCAUUGCUCCAGAGAGAAGGAUGCUACAGCUGAGCUUGUCCUGGCUGGGACUGGGGUCCGUGGCUACCUCCCCAUGGCAUCUUUUGCUGCUGGGUGGGGCCUCCUGGUGCCUGGUCCGACUUCUGGUCUGGAUCUAUACCUUCUAUGAGAACUACUGCCGGCUCCGCUGCUUCCCUCAGCCCCCUUCGGGGCACUGGUUUUGGGGUCACAUGGGCAUGGUCAAGAGCAAUGAGGAAGGCAUGCAGCUGAUGACUGAACUGGGCCACUACUACCCUGAUGUCCACCUCUUUUGGUUUGGGGCCUUCUACCCCAUCCUGAGGCUCACCCACCCCAAGUUCAUUGCUCCCGUGCUCCAGGCCCCAGCUGCAGUGGCCCCUAAGGAAAUGACUUUCUAUGGUUUCCUGAAGCCGUGGCUGGGGGAUGGGCUGUUGGUGAGCACUGGAGAGAAAUGGAGCCACCAACGCCGCCUGCUGACACCUGCAUUCCACUUUGACAUCCUGAAGCCUUAUGUGAAGGUUUUUAAUAAGAGUGUGAACAUCAUGCAUGUAAGUUUGUGUGUAUUUGUUUGUAUGGGAUGGCUGAAACUUCUCUGGGGUUUCAUGUGUGUUAUGUUGCUUUCUAUCUCUGGCCUGCCCUGCAGGUCUCCCAGUGAAUACAUUGCUGCCAUUUUGGAGCUCAGCUCCCUAAUAAUGAAACGGCACUUUCAGCCCAUCCUCUAUGUGGACUUCCUGUACUACCUCACUGCUGACGGGCGACGCUUCCGCAAGGCCUGUGACCUGGUGCACAACUUCACAGAUGCUGUCAUCAGGGAGAGACGCCGCACCCUCUCCAGCCAAAGUGUUGAUGAGUCUGUGAAGGCCAAGGCUAAGUCUAAGACUUUGGACUUCAUUGAUGUGCUCUUGUUGGCCAAGGAUGAACACGGAGAGGAGCUGUCUGACGAGGCCAUCCGAGCAGAAGCUGACACCUUCAUGUUUGGAGGUCAUGACACCACCGCCAGUGGGCUCUCCUGGACCCUGUACAACCUGGCGAGGCACCCGGAAUACCAGGAGCGCUGCCGGCAGGAGGUGCGGGAGCUGCUGAGGGACCGAGAACCCGAGGAGAUAGAAUGGGACGACCUGGCCCAGCUGCCCUUCCUGACCAUGUGCAUCAAAGAGAGUCUGCGGCUGCAUCCCCCGGUCAUCUCCAUCUCUCGGUGCUGCACACAGGACAUUGUGCUGCCAGAUGGCCGGGUCAUCCCUAAAGGGAAUGACUGUAUCAUCAGUAUCUUUGGGGUUCAUCACAACCCUACAGUCUGGACAGAUCCUGAGGUCUAUGACCCCUUCCGCUUUGACCCAGAAAACCCUCAGAAGAGGUCACCUCUGGCUUUUAUUCCCUUUUCUGCUGGACCCAGGUGA